AUGCCAUUGAUGCUCUUCAUCUACGGCCGCUUCUUCCUCGAUACCAGAGCCAUCCACAUCCCCUACACCCAAAUCGCCGGCCAACUUUGUUACGUCGUCGUUCCCGUUGUCCUCGGCAUGUUGAUCAAAUGGCGUUUUCCUAAUUCCGCUAAGCGCAUGGUUCGCCUAUUCCUUCGCCCAUUGGCUUUUUCCUUCAUCUUUAUCAUCAUUGGAUUUGGCAUCUACGUCAACUUGCCCAUCUAUGCUCUCCUGGGUGCCUAUCCUCUUCUCUUCCCCAUAGCGGCUGCUCUACCUUGGAUGGGCUUCCUCCUUGCUGCUCUACUCGCUUUUCUGUGCCGACGUUCUCGAGCUGAGAUUCUCACCAUAUCCAUCGAGACGGGCAUCCAGAACAAUGGAAUUGCUAUUCUAGUACUACUCUACUCAAUGCCACAACCAGAGGGAGACAUUGGAGCAGCGAUACCUCUCGUAGUUGGUUUCAUCACACCGUUUCCGUUAAUGCUUGCUUACGCCGUUGUGGCGAUUAGGGAAGGAAAGUGUUCGCAGUGCUGUCGGAAGAAAAAGAUAACAGAGCUGGUAGGAACGGAUGAUGAGGAACAGCAGAAGGGACUGAAAUCCUCCUCGAAGGAUCAGAAUUUUGAAACGAUAAUCCCCUAG